CCGACCCGACUGUUGCAGAUCGCCCCCGAGAAACCCACAAAUUUGCAGAACCUACACUGGGUCACGGGCCCCACCCCCGCGGCCCCACCCGGCAGCGAGGAGGGCAAGGGCAAGGCGGAGGCAGUUUGCAGGAACCCCCCCGUCCUAUUCCGCCUCGCCUCGCCUCCUCCUUCCUUCCUGCCGUUGCUGCCUGCCUCAUCGUCCUUCUCUCUCUCGUCGCCUCGGCCAUCCCAUCUCCUCUCCUCUCUCACCGGCGGGGAGGGUCUGCACGGCCGGCCGCCAUUGGCGCGUCUUCCCGAGCGGACGCGAAUUGCCAGGGAUGCAUGGUUCGGGGCGGCGAUUCCUCCUCGGCGGAAUCGGAUCUACUAGGACUAGGAGAGAUGCUCUGAUUGGGGAAGAGUAGAAGAUGGUCGUCAAGGAGUUUACCGUUGAUCUCAACAAGCCUCUUGUUUUCCAGGUUGGCCAUCUCGAGGAACAUUACCAGGAAUGGGUUCACCAGCCCAUCGUGAGCAAAGAAGGUCCACGCUUUUUCGCAAAUGAUACCAUGGAGUUCUUGACACGCACAAAGUGGUGGGCUGUGCCAGUCAUAUGGCUACCUGUCGUCUGCUGGUUGUUUGCCAAGUCUGUUCGGAUGGGUCACACCAUUCAGGAAGUAAUCUUGAUGGCCCUAUUUGGGGUGUUUGUUUGGACGUUGAUCGAGUACAGUUUGCACCGCUUCCUGUUCCACAUCGAGACGAGAAGCUACUGGUCGAACACCGCGCAUUACCUUAUCCAUGGAUGCCACCAUAAGCAUCCUAUGGACUCCCUCAGGCUCGUAUUCCCUCCUGCUGGGGCAGCGAUCAUAUGCGUGCCGUUCUGGAAUGUUGUGGCAUUCUUCGCAAGUCCAUCCACGACUCCUGCGCUGUUCGCCGGCGGCCUGCUGGGGUACGUGAUGUAUGACUGCACGCACUACUACCUGCACCAUGGACAGCCGUCCAAAGAUCCAGCGAAGCAUCUCAAGCGGUAUCACCUCAGCCACCAUUUCAGAAUCCAGGACAAGGGCUUCGGCAUCACCUCGUCGCUCUGGGACGCCGUUUUCGGGACCUUGCCUUCGUCCAAGAUCGCCGCGAAGCUCAGCUGACACGCAUGAACAUGCUCUUUGCACGAGGAAUUUUAGUAGAGAGUUUGUAGGCUUAGGUUAGGGGCAAAGCUCAUCUUGCAUUUCUGCAAUGGGUUCGCAUAUCUGCACGGUUGGAGAUGUCUGUCCUGAUGUGAAGACGUUUUGGCUGCCUCGACUUUUCAUCCCCAGCAAUAGGCUAUUCAUUUCGUUCUAGUCGAUGUUAGGAUAAAUAGUCAUAUUCCUUGGUUGAAUUGUGAUAUCUUCUGUCAUCUUUCUCUUUGAGUUUUAGUUGUCGGCUGUUCAGAGAAUGGUGCGAGAUGCUCUUUUCUGGGUCCUCGUCAUGAGUUGCCUUCUA